UAAAUCAAUAUAAAUAGCACCACAAGGAUGCAAAAAUGUUCAUUAACAACAUUACAAAGGUGUUCGUGCAAGAGAAAACAAUGAUGAAAUAUAUUUCUAUCUUGGCCAUCUUGGUUCUAUUCCUAGUGUUCUUUGAAAUGCCAACGAUAAAGGCCAACGUCAAUGAAGCUUGCCUCAGGGAAUACAACCCCACCGAAUUUGAGAUGCCAGAUAUAGCUCUUUGUAUGAUUCCGUCCAUGCCGUCUAUGUGCGUUAAAAAAUGCAGAGAAACUAGGGAAGGUGCUAAAGGCGGAAAAUGCGAAUUUGGAGAGUUCCCAGACGAUGUUAAAUGUUUCUGCAACUACUGCUUUGCAGAUCCUACACCACUGCUCAUAACCAAACCUACGGAUGCUUGAAGCAACGUCCCGCAUAGUCCAAUAUUUGAAGCUUUUGAUUGUUAUCUUAUGUGUGUUAUUAAAUUCUAAGUCACCAACUAAGAAUCAAAUAUAUAUAUAUAUAUAUAGUAAAUAAAAGUGUGAGUUAGAAUCUCCUCUGUUGGUGUUUCAAAAAAAAAAAAA